AUGUUGGCACAAAUAUUAAAUUCUUUCUCCAACCAUGACAAAUCAAGAUCAACUAUUGGAACUUUUCAAUACUUAAAUACUGAACAAGAAGUGACAAUACAAGAAUUAAUUGAUAUGUUUCCAUUUGAAGAUUCUCUUAUGCUAUGUGAAUUUAUUAAUAUUAAUGCUUCUUUAAUAACUAAUGAACUAAUGACUAAUGAGAUAAUAGUUGAAGCUAUUCAUGAAUCUGUUGAAAAAGAAGAAGAAUUUGAGAUAAUUAUACCAGUUACUAAUACAACUGCUGUUGA